GUUUCAUUUCAACAUUCAUUGCUUUUAUGAUAUGAAUGACAUGAUCCGGAUCUUGCCUAUAGGUUGCGCAAUGUUAUCCGAAUGAUUCUUGUGUAAACUUUAAGACUUCUUGCAAGUUUGCGUGUUUAAACUUGUUUUGGGAUACAGAUGACGAUAAAAUUUAAAACUUAUCAAGAUAAAGAUAGAAACUUAUUUGAUACAAACCUCAUACUAUAAUCAACAGUUAUCAGCUUCGACCCCAGUCUUGCCAGAUUCUUUCUACGAUAUGGCGACUACAGGGUAUGGUGGUGGUGCCCCAGCAGGGGCUGUUCCCGGUGCGCCUCCAGGGGGUGCCCCGUCGACAUACCAAGGUCAGAUGCCUGCUGCGGAUGUUAAAGAUGAUCCUAAUAUGAAAGCUCCCGGACCUACUGCCCCACCUCCAGGUCAACUAGAAGCUGUGGGAGGUUAUGAAAACAUCGGUUUUAAUGCCUCGGCACUCCCUCCACCGUCAUACGACGAAUCAGAACGAGGUGCACCACCAGAAAAUAGAGAAUUUAAAGCUGUACCAACAAUAACAGAAGAAGAGGCUAGAGAGGCACUGCUAUCAUUUGUAGCAGAACAUUGUUGUUAUGGCAAGAAGGCAGCACAAGAAAUGAACUACACAGAUUUAAAAUCAACCAGCGCCUUUCAUUAUACGUUAGAAACAUUUGGUGAGGGUAGGACAACGGCUUGGGCGUAUGAACCUUUUAUUGGUCAAACUAUUGAUGUUCCUCAGAAUGGUCCAGCCCCCGGUCCUUGGGAUAUUCAAGCACAGCCAACAGCCAUGUUUCAGAAUGGUAAAAUUGAGAUAGAAGUUCCUCACACAGCUGGUGUUAAGCCGUGUCAUGAGUGUCUUGCUACUGGUCGAAUCCGAUGUUUUCGUUGUCAAGGUCGUGGAAGAUUACAUUGUCAUUCUUGUAAUGGAAGUGGUAGAGAAUCGUAUUAUGAAGAUGGGGAACGUAGACAUAGAACAUGUUGUCAUUGUGAUGGUUCGGGUAGACGAAGAUGUUAUACGUGUGAUGGUUAUGGUAUGAUAACAUGUACAGUAUGUGAUGGUAGAGCUAGUCUAAAAUUUUAUAUUAAAUUAACGGUGCUAUGGACCAAUCAUUUGGAGGAUCAUAUUGUAGAAAGAACAGCAUUACCAGAUGAACUAAUCCGUGGUGUUUCAGGACAAAUUUCUUUUGAAGAAACAGUUCCUAGGGUAUGGCCAAUUGUUCAUUUUCCAGAUCAAGAAGUGAACAUGGCGUCAAAGAACCUUGUAGCUAAACAUGCGUCUAGCUAUGCAAAUGAACGUAUUUUAAUGCAGAGACAUAAGGUUAGAAUAAUUCCUGUAACACAAGCCUAUUACAAGUGGAAGGAUAGCGAUGCAAAUUAUUUUGUGUAUGGAUUUGAGAAAAAAGUUUUUGCGCCGGAUUACCCACAGAAAUGCUGUUGGGGUUGUUCCAUCCAGUAAUACACAAGUAUCCAUCAAAUUACAGCGCAUGAAUACACUGAUAACAAAUGUAUGUUUGCUGUUCAAGUUUCUCCCCCAAAAUCAACAAAAAACAAGAUUCUGUGUAAUUUAUUAUCAUUUAUAUAUUUGUGCUAUCAAUUAUCUUUCUUGUGUAUGUUGAAAACAGAGUUAUAUACAGAUAUUUAAAAAUAAAAUAACAUGCUCAAGUCAGAUCACCUUAAACCGCUGAUCAAAAAUAGUCAUCUUCAUAAUGUUACGGUUUUCCGUUACGGUAAAUGGGCUUAGUAGUCCAACUACAUAGAUUUGUAAAGAGAACGGUGAUUGUUGUAAUAGUUGAGUCUUGUCUAUCAUACACAAUAUCAUAUAAUAAGUACAAGCUACGUCUGAAGUGUACUAAACUUGUACUUGGCAUUUAAAAAAAACACGUACAAACUAUCACUCUUCUAGAAUGCAAUUAUUUCAAAACAAGUGGAUUUCUUAUUUAAAACACCAUUUAUGAUCUAUACAAUUGCGAAUAUAAUUCCCCAAGAAUAUGUCGAUAUGAUGACUAAUUUAUUGUGUUGUAUGACUUUGUUAUUCUUUGAUUUAAUAAAAGUUUGUAAAUUUUAUAUAAUGCCGUC